AUGCAUACACAUAUUUUCUGCUAUUUUAUAAUUCUAAUAAACUUCAAAGUAAAAUUUUCAAACUGCAAUGAUCGUUUAUCUGAAUUAAACUUGCCAGAGAACCACAUCGCGCCUUACUUAAAUAAUCAUCCUGAUGUCAAAAAGGCCUGCUUAGAGAAUGAAUCCUGUCCAUAUUUGAAGCACGUAACUUCAAAAGCUUGUUGGGGUUAUGAAGAUAGCUGCUCUGAAGUUGACAUCAUCAAACGACACAAAUGUUUUGAACCUGGAUGGUGGAAUUUUACUGGUAAAGAACAAGAUGAAUUUUAUUGGAGGACCGCCGAUUUUGGCUAUAUAAAAAAGAAAAAAAAUCAACUGGCCUACGCUUGUCAGAACGAAAAUAAGGUUUUUAGAUCAUCUUUGCGCUGCGUUAAACACAUGAGAUUCUGCAAAGCCGAAAAUAUCUACAUCAAUUUGAAAAACGUCAAUUUUACAAACAGUACUGAAAGGUUAUUUCAAAGAGACAUUUUCAAGCCUGGAGACAUUGGAGGUGAUUGCGUUGUUAACUCUAAUUUGUUAUAUACGAACGGAUCACAUCGGCAGUCGUUAUCGUCUUGGUACGAGGAGUUAAAAGGGUUUUCAGAAUUGAACUUUAACCCGUUGGAGUCAACGGAGAAGUGUGACGUUGUCAUUGAUGAGCCGACCAUCAUUAUGAAACCUGACAUAGGGCAUAAUAUGUGUCAUCACUUUCUUGACUUUGUAAAUUUGUACGAAUCACAGCAUCUGAAUGGCUCGUUUGAUACCAAUGUCCAAAUUAUCUUCUGGGAUACCUCAAAUGCGACAUAUGUGGACUACUUUAAAACGAUGUUUCAAGUUUUUACAAGUAAACCGACAAUACAACUGAACCAAUUCGCUGGGAAAUCGAUAUGCCUCAAAGAUGUCUUUUUUUCAUUCCCAUCCAAAAUGUUGUUUGGUAUUUACUACCAUAUGAUGCUGAUGCCUGGCUGCAUGGGUAGCGCUCUUAUACAAGCCUUUAGCGAGCAUACCUUACACAGAUUGGGAGUGACGCAAGAUUUAAAGGGUAGGAAAAUAAGAAUAACGAUGCUGUCUAGAAAGGCGAGCCGUAGAGUCACCACAAAUGAAGAUGAGUUAAUAGCAUCAAUUAGUCGGCUACCGAACGUGCAAGCGAUACUUAUAGACUAUAACACCAUAAUUUCAAAAUUUAUUCAUGCCUAUGUUGUAAUAAAACGCUUCCAGAUAACUCACAAUACAGACAUUUUGAUCGGCAUACAUGGAGCUGGGCUCACACACUCACUCUUUCUACCAAAUUGGGCUACAGUCUACGAGCUGUUCAACUGCGAAUCAGGACAGUAUCGCAACAUAGCAAGGAUCCGUGGUGUCAAUCACUUAACCACUGAAGAUAAAGAUAAAGUUAAGAUAUAUCCAGAUACCUCACAUCCAUCUGUAUACGGCUUUCUUAGGUUUCACAACUACAGUAUAGAUGUGGGAGAAUUUGUCAGGAUUGUGAAUAAGGCUAUAGAAACUGUACAAAACCAUCCAGAAUAUGUCACGGCAGUUGAAAAUUUGGUCAAAACUAACGAAAAUGGUCGAUUGAAUGGUGGAUUUGCCGGUAAAAAGGAGUUGUGA